AAAAUCGAAGUUUUGUGAAUUUGCAUCACUCAGUGGACUGAAAGUGUUUAAACCUGAUAUUUUUUAAUGUUGCUGUUUUCAAGAAUAUUGCAUUGGAAUGAGAGGUGACACUAUGCUAGCAACUAAUAAAAUUAUUUGGAUUUACCUCAUAGCAUACCUCAUUGUACUUUGCCAAUGGAGUCUACAGUCUACCACAGGUAAGAAUUAAAAAUAUCUUUAUAAUAGUGAACUUGAACAGGAUGCUCUAAAGCUUUAAAACUUUAGCUCUCACUAUCACCAGCAAGCAUGCUCCCAGAGAAAUCCACUGAGGAUAGUGGGAUUUGUAGUUAAUUAAAUAAUUUAGUUGCCCAUGCUUAAAAUUGUAUGUGCCAAAUUAGCUAUGCCAAAUAUUACAGCUAGAGUUUAAUUUUUAAAUAAUCAAGUACCACAUGUUACUUAAUAUCUAAUUAAUGGAUUACAUGAGGUAUUGUGAGAACUCUGAUGUAUAGACAUUUGUUCUAAAAUGUUUAUGUGGCUAGGAUUUCUUAGUGACAUCAUAUAAGUGAAAAGGUUUUAAUGCUAAACCUAGAUUUGGUAGACUUUUUGUUUGUACCUAAAGAUGACAUUAAAUCGAUUUUUGGAGGUGUAUUAUAGUUACAUAGUUAAAUGUAAUAAAUUGACAACAGAUUUGGAAAGAAAAUUAAUCAAUAUUUGAGACGUUUUCUAAUUCAACCAUUUUUGUUUAAAUUCUGAAAGUUUUUUGGCAAAUUUACUUUGAUCGCUGUUUAGGGAAUAAACCACUAGAUCUGAACAUUUUCUAUAAAAGUAAUUCUUAAGUUUGAAAAAAGAUCAAUAAAACCGACUUUCUGUUUCAAAAAAGGGCAUAAGAAGAAAAGAAUCUGGUGUAGGCUGUAACUGUUGUACAAUUUCAAAUAAUUUUUAAAUAAGCCACUAAAAUUUUUUAGAUUGCUAUUCUGGAUAUCACAAUAGUCUCCAUUUCAGACAAUACACAUUUUUAACAAAAUAUCUUCCGCAAUAUUUCUGUUUAAUCUGAUUAGGAAAAAGUGGGAUUACAAAAGGUAAAGCCCUGAUAUGAAUGGGGACUUGGUUAACAUGCCAGCUCACUAAUAGAAGCAUGUCAGUUUGUCAAAAUGAUAUAAAGAGCACGGGGGGUUUAUAAGCUGCACACAAAUGAAAAAAGAUAGAACAGUUUUUAAUUUGGUUUUCUGAAAUUUUAAAAUGUGCGGUACUCUGCAUGAUUUUUCAUAUACUGCAAGCAGUGCACCAACCGUCAAGAGGUGUGGGAACUCUAUUCUCUCUAUAAAUAUAGUAAAGGAACUGAGUUCUCAUGGGUUACCACUGAACUAAGAGACCCUGGAUUACAGUCAAAAAGGUACUUGGAAAAGUCAAAGAUUGAAAGAAUGAUACAAAGAAAAGCUUAUAGGACAGCCAAAUGGUCAUUUUAGCAAAGAUGCUUAUACAUUCUACAUUGAUAGAAUAGAUAGACUUAAUAGUUUACAUAUGUGAAAUCAAUGAAAUAUUAAUGUUGGUUCCUUUGCACACCCACAAUAAUUAUAUCAUUGAUUUCAUACUGGGGGCAGUUGAAUUCUACACAUUGCUGGGCAGUAAUUUCAACACCUACCCAACAGAACUCGAGUACAUCCCAAAACCAAAAAUGGACAAGUGGCAACACUAGACACACAUCGAUUCAGAAUUGUGACAUUCUUCUUAUAUUUUGCAUUCCCUAAUGCUAUAAUGUAAUACAUUGUCAUUAUCCCAGUAUAUAUCAGUUUGCUAGCAGAGAGUUAUGGGAGAUUUAGUCCAUCAAGAGCUGGAAGGCAAAGGUUAGACACACUUGACUUAAACUAUAACAAGCUUCAUCUGUGUAUUUAAACAAUACCCAGGGUAUGCCUUAUUUUAGGAAAAUUGUGUUUGGCUAUUAUAUUAAAAUGUAAUGUCGUCUCUAGGGAGAUGUGUAACUUCCUGCUUGUGAGGGGUUUGCCUGUCCUUGAAAUAUAAAUCCUUUUAACUUCUCAGACCACCUAAAGAAACUACUCUACUAUUAUUUCUGUGUUUUAUUGAUUUUUGAGAAUGGCAGUUUAAUGGCAUUAGCUAGUUACAUUUUUGAGGGGUGACCAGCAAAAUGGAGUUUCUUUCAGACCAGUUUACUCCAACCACGUACUCCAAAAGUGCGCUUUUUCAUAGUAGAUACCCAUUUGUCACGUGCCUGGCUGUCCUUGAACUAAGUUUACAUAAACUUCUUCCUCACCAUUCCACAAGUAGAGAGACUAAAUUCUUGUCUGGGAACUGUUGCCUGUUGCAAUGCUGUACCUAUCUGUGUGCAUCCCAAGGAGACAAACUUGCUGGCCAUAUUUGCCAAGCACAUACAGUACACCUGCCACCUGUUCAAAAUUAGCUAUAGAAAUAUCUUGAACUUUUAGAUUCCUUUUCAGUUUUUUGUUGUUCAGUCAUAGCUAAACAUAGCCUAUUUAGAAUGGCUUGGCAUCAUGGGAAAUGUAGUUUAUAACAAUCUGGGAUUUCAGUUUUAUCCAAUUCUGUUUUCAUUCUGUAGUGUAUCUGAUUUAGGUGGUCACCCCAAAUCCAAACUUCAUUUCCCUCUGUUAUGGACUUUUUUUGCCGCUUAAUCACUUGUUUUGACUGAGUUCUAUAAUAUUAUUUCAUUCAAAAUGUAUGUGUGCGCGUCUUUUAUUCGAACAUUUUAUUUAUAAAUAUAUAAUUUUAUGUUAAUUGAAUGCUUCUACAUGUUGGUUUCUUACCAAUCUGUUUAUCUAUCUGCAUUUUGUUGGGUUAGGUUGAUAGCAGGAUGUGUUCUUUGGUGAACUAGGAUCAUCUACUCAAGAUAUUAACUUCACAGCCAGUAUGGUCAGUGUAAUUGGUAUGGUGUACAUGUGACUCUGGUUUGACCUAAUCAGUCUCUAAGCAUAUGUUAAUCUCCCCUCAUAAAAGAUUAGUACGUGGGUGAGUUAUAUGUCAGGGUGACAAAAAAGGGAUAAAAUGCGUGGGAUAUAGAAUAGGAGUGUAGAGUUGAGAACAUGCAUGACUCAUGAAAAUUUGGUCUUAAGCAAUCAAAGAGGUAUAUGGACAAAGGAAGGUCAUCCAAUGGAGGUUUAGAAGGAAUAACAGAUAAAUUAAACAUAUAAGGAUAUUAUAGAUAGACUUAUUUCAUAAACCUUGAAAAAUUAUAUAUUUCAACAUUUCUAAGGAAUCUUUCUGAAUGUGUCCCUCUUGAUUAGAAAAUUCUAUACAGUGUCUAUAAAACAGCUUCCAAGAUCUUUUGUUGUUUAUAUAUACACAGACUAUGCAUAAACCAUAUGCAUUUAUGUAAAUAUAUAAAUGUGUAGAACAGAGCCUGGCAAAUAAUCGUCACUUACAUUGUGCACAUAAUUCGUAUUACAACUUUUAAAACAUGGGUUCAGUGUACAGGAGGGUAGAAAGAGGGUAGGUCCUGGGAGCUCAGUGAGUGGCUUAUGGAUGGUCUGCAAGGUGUAGUUAUGUCAUGUGGGUUUGGUUGCUACCUCCAAAGGCUUGUCCAUUGUGGCACAGCUUGAGGGGGUUCAUUGUCAUAUAGUAUGGAGAUAGUAGAAUGUCAAAGUGCUGUCAUUGGGAUGCAACCACCAUUGCCUUGUCUCCCUUGUCUGAUGGGGAGCCUUAUUUUUUUUUCUCCUACUCAGAGUGAAUUGCUGCCAUGGAACAAUUUGUCCUUAGUUUGGAGGCCAAAUUACAUCCCUCUGUAGGCACCACCAGCCCAGUACCAAAUGGGGCUCUGACUGGUAUGCCACACUAUGUGAAACAAAGUCUUCUUUCCACUCUCAGGAUUCUCACUCCCAUGACACUUGUCUGUGCUACAAAAGUCAAGGUAGUGUGUAAGGACACACAAGAGGGAGGCAAGGGCACAAGUGGGGAUAUGGAUAUAAGGCUACAAGAAAAAACAAAAAUACAGAAGGAGGGAACAUGAGGAUAUAGCCACAAGGAGAGAACAUGAGGGUAUAGACAUCAGGAGAUAACAUGAGGGUAUAGACACGAGGAAAGAACAUGAGAAUAUAGACACAAAAGGCGGCAUGGAAACUAUUGAGUUAUUCACUAAAGUGAGAAUUCUUAGGUAGUAAAAGUGAAUUCAAAGGCAAUUUCAAAAUUUAGGUAAAAAAAUCUCAAAUUAGAAAAAAAUUUCAAGUCAUUUUUUUGUUCAGUUUGACUUAUAUUUAACAUUUACUUUGAAUUCACUUAGAAUUCCUGGAAACUCUCAUAUUUGUGAACAACCAAGGGGGACUUGGAGACAGACAGAUAGAUGACGGUGACCAAUAUGGAGUAGUUAUUAUCAAAAGAGUAACAAACAAUGCGAUAGUACCUGUUGAAUGGUAGUAGGAGUUGUGAUGAUAUCAACUUGCCAAAAAUAUAUUAAAUUAUUGUAACAAUAUUUGAAAAAACAAUUAAAUGGGUGAGACAAAGCAGACAAACAAAACUUAGUUCAUGUCUGACAUGUUAUACACCUUUAAGGUAGCUUACUCAUAAGCAAUUUCAAAUAUAUUCUCAUGUUUCUAAGAAGGAACAUUUGAAUACAUAGUAACCUCAGUACAAAGAACAAAAACACAGAAACCAUAUCAUAGAUACAUAGAAUAACAAUGAUUUAAACAAGCCAAUACAAUUAAUAAACAAAAUGAACACAUCCUAUGCUUACAUGCAAUAAAAGCAGAACGGGAACCAAGAAAGGAAGAGUUGAAGGAGGGGGAAGAAUCUCAUUUUGACUAGCACUGUGAACAUGUAAAGUAACUCAGACAACGGUACAACCAUAAUUGAGGCAUUACCAGCGGAAUGGUGAUAUUACAUGUUCAAUUGGGAUGGGUGUAAUUGCCUGAUUUUCAUAAACUCUGUAACAAAGAGCACCCACAUUUUAUGUUUUCCAUAAAUGCAUUUUUAUUUGUACAAACUCCUAGUACAGAUUUGGCAAUGCCAAAUAAAGUGUGGGUAUACCCUCAAAUAGAAACACCAGUUAAUAAGCUUUUCAUUAAUUACUCAUGACAAGACUUGUAUCAUAUUUUAGUCAAACAUCUGAUUGCAAGCUUUUAGUGGCUGUUAACAUUUUAUUUUAGUAUUAAAUGUAAAAGGGCACUCCAGUCCCUUAAAGCCCUACAACUCACCGUGUUAUAACAGGGUUAUUCACUAAGAUGAGAACUCAAGGUGAAUUUAAAGUGAAUUUAAAAUUUUUUGACAUCGUGCCUCAACUGGACGCAUAGAUGAAUUAAAGAAUUGUUUCCAAUUCUGCUGUUUUGGCCUUAAAUUUGAAAUUCACUUAGAUUCCUAACAGUAGUGAAUAACCCUGUAACAGACAAAACAGACAAAAUUGGCAUUUUUAUGAAUAUUCUUAGUUCCACACUCCUGGCUGUCAAUCAGACAGUCCUGAGUGUUUCCUGCUCACUCACUUUGAUAACAUAUUCAAAGUGAUUGUGAACAGCACUUCUCGUAGGAUCUACAUUGGAUCUGCGCUUCUCUAUGAGAAGUAUUUUAGUUGUAAAUUACAGCAAAUACCACUUUGUGCCAUAGAUCCCCUGUGCUUCUCUACGAGAAGCAUUGCAUUUGCCCAAUGUUCAUCACUAUUAAGAAUCUCCUGGGAGCAGAAUGGAGAUGCAAUUAAAAGAUGACCUUGGUUUAUUUUUACCAUUAGAGUUUUCCUCAUUUAAAUGACAGAGGAGAGAGUGUUUAUUUUACAAGAAUGACUGAUCCAUGAUAAGUUGUACAUCUGGAUUGUUUGUCAACUCAGUUCUUUAAAUAGAUCACAAUAAUGGUUAUUGGAAUCGGAGAGCGCAGCGACAUGAGUUAAACAGAAUAUAGUCUUCAAUAAGAAGGAAUGCAUUUAAGUGCAUUGAUAUGAUUGUCUAUUUGCAUAAACACUUUUUGCUGUGCAAAUUUUAACUCACUUAGAACAAGGCCCAAACUAUUCUAUGUACAUUUAUUAACUUGGAGGGGAAACAUUGAUUGCUGGACCGUUUAUUGCUCUAAAUUUUCUAAUAUGGGGCAAAACUUGAGGCAUGGACAUUUAUAUAACUUUAUAUUUUAGUUUUUGCCAUUAAUGGACACUUUUGUAAAUUAGAAGUGUAAGAAGCUGCAAGUGGCCAAGUAUUUUUUAUUUUUUGAGGUGCGACUAUUACAAUUGUCACCUUCACAGUUAAUUAAUGAAUUAUUUAAUAUAAAAUAUUACAGAUCAUACUGUUAUACAGAUCUUAAGCAAAUAUAUAGAUAUAUAAUAUUUAUAGAUCUAAAUAUUUUAUAAACGUUGGUUUGACACCUUCAAUACCCAAAUACAGUAUAAAAGUUUUUAUUUUCAUGUAUUUUUGUAGUAUGAAGUUUAGUCCAUAAUGCCUCAGUUAUGCUCUAGUUAUCAUUACCAGCCUAUAGAGGAUUGCAUUUCACUGCCAGAUGCCACAGGCUACUGAUUAAUUUCCUAUAAAUUUGCUGAAAGCUUUCCCCCUCUUUUCGAACAGCACAAGCAGUUUCAAUAAGUCAGCUUAUUCUUACAGUUGCAGAAUGGAGAGGAGUGAAUAGACUUUACCAUUUCACUGCCAGCGUUAGAUUUGCAGUGUCUGACAAUCUUUAUUUAUAGCAAUCAAUACAGUACUUUUACAAGUGAAAAGAAAAUACACUUGUCAUUUAUAUUAUGUAGUGUGAGUAUCGUUAGCUGAGAACAAGGAUUCGUUUUCAAUUUUACGUAAAGAAAUAGCUCUACAAAUAUGUUCAAUAGACCCUCAACUGACUCCUAUUGUAGUAUGAGCUUAACUACAUGUAUAUCAUCUUAAGAUAUGGAAGGGACAUGGGAGAGAAAAAUAGAGAGGCAAAAUAAAGGGUGUGGAGGGUCUUUUCAGGUUUGGAUACAUUAGGAGAGAUUGAAGUAUCUAAACCAGUUUAUGCCUAUCUGCGUGGUAUGUAGUCUAGCCAUAAUGUCCAUGUCUGUGCACAUUUCUCAAAUGUGCCCUUUAACGCCACCGUUGUCAAGUCCAUCAAGUAUAUUUCCACCACCCACACAAUCCACUGCUGGAGAGUGAACUCAGAUUUUUUCUUCCAAAUAAUAGGAAUAAGGGAUUUUGCGGUCGUUAAUAAGUGCUUUAUAAGACAUUUCUAAUGGAACUCUGAAGUAAGUGACUUAAAAUAUGCUCUGGGGAAUUUGAUGAGGAUGAUUUGAAAUAAGUAUAAGGUCCUGGGUAGCAGAUUAAUGUUCACGUAGUUAACGUAAUAAACUGGGAUGACCACCUGCUUUUAUCUGACGUGAAGGUCCAUAAUAAUGGGGCAAAAUUAUCUCAGCAUAUUUCCUAACUCCUUGGAAACCUAUAUCCCAAGAUUCUUUAAAUGAUCAAACAAACAGAAGGAGGGUACAUGAGACAACCAUGUCUCAUCCCAUUCUGGAUCUGUAGAAGCACAGAAAGAGUUCCAUUUACACAAACUCUAGCACUCGGAACAGUGUAUAAGGAGGACACCAAAUUGCAGAUAUUGGGGCUGAAGCUCCUUGACUUUACCUGUAUGCAUUAUUCAAACACUAUUGUCGUAUUUUCCUACUCUGUACGGUGGAUAAAUCUAACCAGAUCCGGGUGGACAAAUUGAGGUAGAAUUCCUCCCAUUUCUAAGGGCCAUAAUGUUUGUGAAUAGAUUUAAUAUUUAUCUAUUUUUGUCACAGCUAAUGUAUGUGAGAGGAAUUGAAUUUUUGCUUUAAAUUUAAUACUAAUAUUUCAGACUCUUUGUGAACUAUUUCAAGAAAAAGGACUUUGUAUACUGUCUAAAGCUGUUCAUUUCGAAAACAUUUUAUGAAGGAUGAAAGAACAAGUGAAAAAUAAACAUUUUGUAAAUUUACACAAUUUUAAUUUUUAAGUUUGCAAAGUGAUCUAUACACGUAAUUGCUGUGUUAUAUGUUUAUAUGCUAGCUAUGGUUCCCUUGCUUCAUAAAAAAUGUUAUGCUACUAUUGUUUCAAUCAAAAAAUGCUUGGUAGUGAAUGGGUUAAGGUGCUUCGUUGAACUUUUGGUUAGUUCAUGACCCAGUACUAGCUGUUUAACCCCGUAAGGACCAAACUUCUGGAAUAAAAGGGAAUCAUGACAUGUCACACAUGUCAUGUGUCCUCAAGGGGUUAAGGAAUUAGAUUAGUCAUUUAGAAGGAAACUAAAUUAUUUUAUUUACUUAGAAAACCUAUAUUCACAUUUACUGCAGCUUAAAUACACAUCACUGUGGGUUUACUGCUGUAUAGGUACACAUGGGAGACAUGGAAUUAUAUUGAUCUAAUAUACCAGUACUGCUUUUACGAUCCAUGCUAUGUUUUUCAGUAACCCUGCCAUGUGGAACAAAUGUUUCUUGUCUUCCUCCAGAAAUGUGCAGUCUUAAUUAAAGGCACCUAGACCAUUGAAUCUCAUUGAAGUGGUCUGGGUGCAGUGUCCCUGUCUGUUUAACCCUGCAAUGUAAUUAUUGCAGUUUCUCAGAAACUGCAUUGUUUUACAUUGCAGAGUUACAGGAACACCAUAAGGUCAGGAACACAAACAUGUAUUCCUGACCCCCAUAGUGUUAAAACCACCAUUUAGCCCCCCUGGGCCCCUCAUGCCUCCAUAAAAAUAGCAACAUCUUACUUGUAUUCAAGCCUGAAGCUGUAGCUCUGCAUGCUGUUUGCCUCAGAAAAACAAGCUGUUUGCUGACAUCAUCAGAAGUGGUGGUCUGAUCCAAUCACAAUGCUUUUCCAUAGGAUUGGCUGAGACUGACAAGGAGGCAGAUCAGGGGCAGAGCCAGCACAAUUCAAACACAGCCCUGGCCAAUCAGCAUCUCCUCAUAGAGAUGAAUUGAAUCAAUGAAACUCUAUGAGGAAAGUCCAGUGUCUGCACACAGAGGGAGGAGACAUUGAAUGUUUGGAUGCAUUUUAGGCAGCCAUGACCCAGGAAGGAUCUCUAACAGCUAUCUGAGGAGUGGUCAGUGAAGUUAUCACUAGGCUGUAAUGUAAACACUGCAUUUUCUCUGAAAAGACAGUGUUUACAGCCCGAAGGUAAUGAUUCUACUCACCAGAACAAAUUCAAUAUGCUGUAGUUGUUUUGGUGACUAUAGUGUCCCUUUAACUCCAUCUCUAGUGGCUGUCUGACAGACAGCCACUGCAAGCUCUUUCCGUUCCCGAUAUUUGACGUCCUCACGCUUUGCGCUCGCUGUGCAUGUGCAUUAGGACCCACCAUCUCUGUGCCGUUGCGUUAGGAGGAAGCCUAGCCAGCGUAAGUAAAAAGGCUUUUUAACCCAUUAAUCAGUACUCCACUGGGGGGGUACAGGUUUCCAUUCCCAACACUUUAGUGUUCCUUAAACACAAAAAAAAUGGCAACUUCUAAAUAGUGCUAUUCUUAAACCAAUGACUUUCUAUACUUCCAUAACAACACUGCAAGAACUUUCUAUACUUCCAUAACAACACUGCAAGUACUUUCUAUGCUUCCGUAACAAUACUGCAAGGACUUUCUAUGCUUCCGUAACAAUAAUUCAAGCACUUUCUAUGCUUCCAUAACAAUACAACUCUUAAGAGUCAUGUCCUGAAGAUCCAAGUUCCCAGAUCCAAUAAACUGCAUUAGUGAUGCCCUAUUCAAUCCAAGUGUAUAGGGAAGAAAUACACUUUUUCUGCUCUCUUUCAACAAUCUUCUCCCUCCAGGAUAUACCAAGAACUGUAGCCUCAGACUUGUCCACACCCCCAAUCAUAAAGAACAGAAAAGGGAGAGGCUGAUUAAUAUGAAGGCGUGGGAGAUAUGAGAGAUGCAGAAAUGGAAUGUGAAUGCAAUAUGGCUUUCCAUUCACUUUUUCUACCCUUGCUUUCUUAUCUCUUUAAAUCCAAGAUAUUAAAUGAAGUUGUGUGCUUAAACCUCCAUGGUACUGUGAUAUUAAAAUACCGACAUAUAAACAUGUAAACCAACCACCCAAUCUUUAUACCAAUUUUGAACUCCUUCACUGGGACAGCUUUACAAACAUUUGUGGGAUAGCUUCUGUCUAGGGAUUUCUUUAUCCCAUCAGUGUAUUGGAUAAUUUAGUCAUGCCUUCUCACUUUUUCCUUACUUCAAUGUUUUAUAUACUUAUAAGGUUAUUUACUAACAUGAGCAUUUAAAGGGAAUUUCACGUUUUAGGUCAGUAUCGUUGAAUAUGAAGUGUAGCUGACUUCGAACAUUUUUCCAAUUUGUCUAUUUUGGCCUUACGUUUGAAAUUCACUUUGAAUUCUCACUUACAUUACAUUUUUAAAUUUGUAGUGAUCAAUUUAUUAGGAACACGUAUCGAGUAAGUAAAGGAAUAGCCAAUUGCUCAGGGGUGCGAACAAGGUAUAUCCCCAGAUGUUGUAAAACUACAACUCCCAUGAUGCUUUUCAUGCUUUUAGACUGCGUUUAGAAUGACAAAGUAACAUGGAAGCUGUAGUUUUAAAACAUCUAGGGAUCUACCUUUUGGGAACCCCUGGUAUAGACCAUGGUUUAUUUAUAUGAAACUGAUGUUUUUUGGAUUAAGCUUGUUAGCAUGUCAAGAUUUUAAAUUUGGCACAAUAUUUUCGGAAAAAUUCAAAACAACAUUUUCUUAGCUAGCAUAAUACUAAACAUUUCAGUUCAUUUAUGAAUAUUUAUAAAGUAAAAGCCGGCACACGUGUACAGUAUUAUUUACUAAAGUGUUUUAUUGAAGCCUAAUAGAAUUCUUAAUAAUUAAAAUUUUAGUGAAUUUCACGGAAAGAAUUAAAAUCUGUAUAAUUAGUAAAACAAAUAUGAAUAACAAUCAGACAUAAAAGAAAAAAAACAUAAUAAGAAAAAAGAAUAAUACCUAGGUACAUAAAAACUUGAAAUGUAAAUAAACUACACACAAAUUUAGUUAGACGAAUAGACUUUGUAUAUGUCCAAACAUUUAUUGGUAUAAAGAGUUUACAUUUUUAACCAAUGAUGAGGACUAAAUAGGCGGAUACACGCCCAUGAAAGUGGACUUAAAAGCAAGGCAGCAGCAGGAUGGGAGUGUGAUCUGAGGAAGCCGAUUUUGUGGCGAAACGCGUCAUCACGCAUGUCCCGUGGUUACGUCAUUAGGCUCCGCCUCCAGGAAGUGUUUGCGGUAUUGUGCGAACGGAAUACGUUCCAGAGAAGGACCGAGGGAGCUAAGUGACACCACUUUGGUGAUUUUUAAAUUGUGAAGAUUUGCUGAAAUUAAAGAGCUUUUUCCGAUUUGCUGCCGUCUUGUGACCCUUGGCUUUAAGCAUAUACAAAGCGGAUACAGUUAGAGCAGACUUAUCUGCUCUCCACUUGUGAGUGCAAUUAUAUAUAUUGUCUCCAUAUUAUAAUUUGUAAUACUGUAUUACACUAUGUAUUUCUUUUUGCUUUUCAUAUAUAUGUACAUAUAAUUCGGAGCAACCUGAUCCAGGGUAUAUACAGCUGGGUAUUGUAAGUGCUCCGUUUAUUUUAUUUAUUCUAUUUCUUUUUUCUUUUCACUAUAGCACUGGUAUACUAGUGGCAUUUGCACUUUUGCACUUUUUUGUACUUACACCAGUGUAUGUAAUAUUAACACACUUAUAAGAGAGAGGCUGUGAAUUGACAUAAGCACCAGAGUGUUUUUAAAGGAAUAUUGCACAUUUUUUGUCUUAAAGACACAGCGCACCUUUUUUUUUUGUAUUAUUGUAUUUUUAGUGUUUUAUGAGCUAUUGCACUUUAUGAGGGAGCUGCUUUUAAGGUUUUAAGGUUUUUUUGUUAUAUAUAUUCACGAUUUUAGACGUGUAUUGAGCGCCAUCUGUUAUUUGUUCUUUUCUCUGGUGUAUUUAUUGGUAUGCACUUCUGUUUUUAAGUUUCAGGAGAAGUUAGCACUUUUUUCCCCCCAAAAGACUUUUGGUCACACAACUAGUUUAGAGUAAGGGUUAUUCAAAAAAGUGAUUGAACACAGUGGAAUAUAGUGUUUUAUUCCACAUUUACCGGGGCUAGUCACUAUAGUGAGUAUUCAGAGUGAAUUUAAAAUUUAUGACCCAAAUUGUGAAAAAAAUAUAGUGAAACAAUAUUAAAUUCACUUUGAAUUCUCACUUUUAUGAAUGACCCUGUAAGACUUUUUUAAUAGCACAAGUCACGAUACAGACGUACAUCCAAGAGGUAUUAGUGAGCACGAGUCACGAUACAGAUGUACAUACAAGAGGUUUAAACUAUACAAUAAAUGUAAUGUCAAUAAUGUCAUGUAAAUACAUGAAUGCCUCCACUGUGAAUGAAUGAGAACGUAAACCUACGUAAAGGUACCUAGAAGUGGGGGGUUACAUGUAUGUUAUCAUUAUGAUGACAAUGCUGGCUAUGUUACCAUGGGAGGGGACACUGUUCCUCCUAUAGCAUAGUGGUUAUAACUAAAAAUGUGGUGGGGAAGAAGUAGGACAUAAUUGAGGUAUGUGGGAGCAUCCCUUUAACUUCAUCAAAAGGUACCAUUUGGUAUAUUGAAAUGGUUUAAUUUCUUUAAACGAUCUAUUAAAGAAUGAGCUUUGAGAUAUGCUAGAAUAUAAUUCUUUUUAUAUAAAUCACUAGGUUUAUAGAAUGUUGAAAUUUCCGAUAUGCUGUUAUAAUUAAGAAAAUGGUUAUAUAAAUAUAUGAUAGUAUUGUGCCACCUUGUGGAUAUCAUUAACUUAGCAUGUGAGAAAUGCUCAGAAUUGACUUUCAGUAUUUGUGGAAUAUAAUUAUUCUCAGUAAGGAAUAGCAAAGGUCUUUUAAAAAAAAAAAAAAUGUUUUAAUUAAUAGUGACUAAGUGACUUCUAGACUUGGCCAUUUAUUUUUGCAUGAAUUAAAAUUCGGCCACAUUUCUUGCAAUUUGUUCAAUCGAACGAAACACAAAUUAACAAAUGUAUUUAUUUAAUUGUAGCCCCACUGUGUGGGCUGGGUUACCUGUGCCAGAUCCUCCUUUAUUACAGUCACCACUGGGCAGAUCAUUUUAUUGGAGGUGGUUGCAGACCCCUAGUCAGUAAUGGGGUUAAAGUGCCCCAUAUUUGUGUCCCUUGUAUAUUGUAUUAAUAUUAACCUCCAACACGCUAUUGGUGGGGGCGGGUGUAGACAUUAGGUCCUCUAUUAGCUGCUCACUAUUUGGUAGACAUGCUCCAACCUGUGACAUGGCAGGUAGGGGGCAUGAGGGAGUUUGUAAUCAUCAAUAUAGUUUAUAUGUUACUUUAUAAGAAUCAGGAUCCACACCACAAUUUACAAAACUAAAUGUAAUACUUUAUUAGCAAAAAUUAUCUAAACCCCUCCAACAUUUCUGCACCUCUUUGGAUACCUGUCCCCUUGGCAGAUACCCUGGAGAAAAGCAUCCAGGGAGGUGCCGAAACAUUGGGGUGGUUAAGAGGCUUGUGUCUGUCUAUGUAGGCUAUUGAAAUGCUGUAUAUGUUUAUUUCUUUGGUAUUUUCUAGUCAUUCUUACUGUGUCUUUUGUCUUGCAUUUUUUUUUAUAUGUUGUAUAAUUUUUUGCUAAUAAAGUAUUCCAUUUCGUUUGGUAAAUUGUAAUGUGCAUCCUGAGUCUUACACAGAUAUUAUUUUUUAUGACAUUUAGGGGAAGUGCCUACUAGGCUUGCACCUUAUUUCAAAUAAUUUAAGUAAAUAAGUACAUCCUCAAUGCAACAGGAGGUGGUUAGGGCUUGGGUGCCCCUAGCCACCACAGGAAUUAAAGUGCCCCAAAUAUUAGGACUACUGUCCACCCCUCAUGUUUCUUAUAUUAUUAGCCCCAACCAGCCACCUAUGAGUGCAGCCUGAAGGGGGUCAUUAGGUCCUCCCCAUUAUCAUAAUUAUAGCCCCCAAAUCAUUAUAAUUAGAGACAGUCACUAGUCUUUUAUAACAGUGUGCAGCCAGUGGUUUAAUAAACAUGCCCUUAUUCGUGGCACAGCUGGUUAGAGGCAUGAGGGAGGUUGUAAACCUCUCUUAUAGUUAUAUGGGGGCAAUAUUGAAUCCCAUAGGGUUUUACCUGUUAAUUUAACCCUUGAGGAUUGGGGGAAGGAAACAGUGGGGAGCUCAACUCCUUGUCCCCUCCAUUUUUAACACCUCUCCCGAAGUCAGUGAGUGAGAGGUUAAAAAUGAAAUUGGUUUGUCUGAUUUUAGUUUGCAACAAAAAUGUGCAAACGAAAUUCAGACAAACCAAAACAAAACACGGACGAAAAUCAGUUCAGACAAAUAGAUUUUUUUAUUUUCUAAUGAAACUAUAUGUACAAACCAUCCAUGCACAAGUCUAGUGAGUACACAGGUGGUGUGGCAUGCUGGUUCCUAAGAAGUUACCAUCAGCUAUUUUUUAAAUAAUAUGUCACCCAGACCCAAAGUGACUGAGUCAUGCUCACUUAACUUUGCAUUGCAAUGCUGAGCUUAUCCCAUGACCUGUGAUUUAUUGGCAUAGCAAGGGUUUCUGUGCGGUGUGGUUCAUGCGCCAUAUUUCAGCUGCAGAAAGCCAUUGCAUGAGCUCUGUUGAAAAAAGUCCAAGAAUUUGAAUCAUUAUACACAGUAUGUCUGGAGCAAAAGUACAAAACACACAAACUUGGUGAAAAAGGGUGAAAAUAGGGAGAGGGGCUAAACUAUGUAUUAUUUAUUUUGAAACAAAAUAAAGAAAAUUACCGUAAUGUAAAAUUAAAAACAGUUAGUUAUGGGACAAAACUUUAUUAUUUUUAACUGUAACCCAGCAUACACAUUGUACAUAACAUUUAAUAGUGAGCAAUGCCAUUUCAAUUGCUAUAGAUUUUACAGAUUUAUGCCUUAUGGCUGUCAUUGAUAUUUUCUAUAAGGUUAUUGCAGUAUUAAAGGACCACUAUAGUGCCAGGAAAAUAAACUUGUUUUCUUGGCACUAUAUAGUCUUUAGGUCCCCCCGACCCUCAGGGCCCCCCUCCAACUGGGCUGAAGGGGUUAAAACCCCUUCUGCUACUUACCUUAAUCCAGAGCCGGGCUCCCUGAGCCGCGAGCGCAUUCAAACCGCCCAUAGGUGAGCAUUACUCAAUGCUUUCCUAUGGACGUUCUGAUUGCUCAAUGUGAUUUUUCACAUUGAGCGUCGCCGAAGCGCCUCUAGUGGCUGUCGGGGAGACAGCCACCAGAGGCUGGAUUAACCCUGCAAUGUAAACAUAGCAGUUUCUCUGAAAUCCUAUGUUUACAGCUGCAGGGUUAAAACCUGGGGGACCUGGCACCCAGACCACUUCAUUGAGCUGAAGUGGUCUGGGAGACUAUAGUGGUCCUUUAAGUUCCAUGAACCAAAUAACCCAUUUGUAUUUUCCAUGAACAGUCUUUGGUUUUUACAUACUGUUCAUAAAAAAGAAAUAAUGUUUGUUUUGUUUUAUAUUGCCAUUUAUUUUCCAGUUUAACAGAUCUAACUGUCUUUUGAUGGCACCUUUAUGCGCUUAGGGGAGAUUACUGACCCCUUAAACACAUAAUUUAAAGGUAUUUUUUUCUAUUUGUUUCUUAUUAAUGGAUGUUUCUCUGAUACAUUUACAUUGAUUCUAAUUUGCCAUCUCCCGUGUCAGAUAUUUGUUUCCUUUUACUAUUAUUUAAUGAAUAAUUUUCCAUCCGUACCUACUCUGUCAUCUCUUCCAUGUCUUCUCUUCUCAUAUCUGCUCCGUCUUCAUCUUUUGUAAGCUCCUCCAUCGUGUCUUUUUUCCCAGACAGAUAGGUCCAUCUGAUCUACACUGAUCAGCGACAACAUUAACCCCUUCAGGACUGGCCUGUUUUUGCAAUAUUGUACGUUAAGGACCAGGGCUCUUUUAACACUUUUGUGGUGUUUGUGUUUAGCGGUAAUUUUCCUCUCUCUCAUUUACUGUUCCCAUACAAGCCAUAUAUUGUUUUUUUCAGGACAAAAUGGCUUUCUUUACAUACCAUUAUUUGUUUCAUGUCAUAUAAUUAUUUAAAAUUUAUUUAAAAUUGAAAACAAAUUGAAAACAAAACAUGUUUUUUGACUUUUGCUUGAAAAAUCUUUUACCUACCUACGAAAGCUAAUGAAAAAAACUGCCAAAUAGAUUCAAAAUUUUGUCCUGAGUUUAAAAACACCAAGUGUUUACGUGCUUUUUUGCUUUUUUGCAAGUUAUAGGGCUAUAAGUAAAAAUAGGAAAUUGCUGUUUCAAAAUAUAUAUAUAUAUAUUUUAAACAUUCUUUAUUUUUCAAUUUUUCAGAAGUAUUUUGCAACCGUGGUAUAUACAUUUGUCUUAUGAUAUUUUUAAAAUGUAUCAAUAGUGACAUUGUAACACAAUUAUCUGUCAUAAAUCUCUGAAUCACACCCCACAUGUACAUAUUUUUUUUAAAGUAGACAACCCAGGAUAUUCAAUAUGGGGUAUGUCCAGUCUUUCCUAGUAGCCACUUAGUCACAAACACUGGCCAAAGUUAACGUUCAUAUGUGUUUGUGUGUGAAAAAGUAAAAAACUAAAUUGAAUGCUAAUUUUGGCCAGUGUUUGUGACUAAGUGGCUACUAAAAAAGACUGGACAUACCCCAUUUGCAAUACCUUGGGUUUUCUUCUUUUGCAAUUAGUAUUAUAUAUAUAUAUAUAUAUAUAUAUAUAUAUAUAUAUUAAUAUCAAAAUACAGUUAGAAUAAAAUUUCAUAUAGAUAUAUAAUUUUAUUUUAUUUUUUAUUAUUAUUUUUGAAUUUUAAUUUAAUUUAAUCUACUUAUUAUUUGUAUUUUAUAAUAUAUAUACAAUAUAUAUAGUUAUUAUAUAUAUUAAUAGGUGAACGCUUGGCACUCACCUCCAAAAAAAAUAUAAAUUUGUAACUCACAUGCCUGGGUGCAAAUUGUUGGCGUCAAAUAUAUAAACAAAAAUAAAAAUCAAAAUGCACUCACAGGUCUUCUGGUUAAUAGGAAAACUGGUGCUUUAAUAAAUCAUCUGUGAUGUACAAAAAAAAAUCAAUCGACGUUUCGACCCUGCCGGGUCUUUUUCAAGAUCAUAUAAUACAUGACAAGAAAGUGUUUAUAUAUAAAAUACAAAUCUAAGUGAAUAAACACUUACCCAAUGGUGAAGUGAGGAGGAGUGUGUUUGCCCAUUAGAACCCGGAAGUGAAUGGAAGCUGCACACAACGUCACGUGAUCAGGGCGUCGUACAGGGAAAAAGUGGUUGCCAAGGCAACAAUACACAAAGUAGAAAAAUCCUAUGCCGGGAGCAAGUAGAUCAGUGUGAAGCAAGGAGUGGGUAGUGUAAACUACCAAUACAAAGUGAAUGAUACAAAAGUCAGGAGAAUCGAGUACAUAAGCAACAAGUGCUGUGCAGUGUCAUGUGAAAACCUGAGUGAUAAACGUGUAAGCACACAACAAACAAAUAUAAUAAACUGUGAAAAACGAAUACCUGACAUCAUAAAUAAAAUCAAAGCAAAAGAGCAGAGUAUAUACAAAAAUACUGUAUACUAAAUUAUACAAUUAUCUUAUACAUGAUAUCCACUAAAGUGUAUAGUAUGCAAAAUUAGUAAUAUAAUAAUUUGAUGCUAGACAAUAUGACAUAAACACCAAGUGACACACGGGUUUUUUAUAAUGAAAAUAUAUUUAGUUUAGAUGUUUUUUCAUUAUAAAAAGCCCGUGUGUCACUUGGUGUUUAUGUCAUAUUGUCUAGCAUCAAAUUAUUAUAUUACUAAUUUUGCAUACUAUACACUUUAGUGGAUAUCAUGUAUAAGAUAAUUGUAUAAUUUAGUAUACAGUAUUUUGGUCAGUGUUUGUGACUAAGUGGCUACUAAAAAAGACUGGACAUACCCCAUUUGCAAUACCUUGGGUUGUCUACUUUUGCAAAUGGUAUGCCAUCAUGGGGGUAAUUUUCAUUCCUGGGCUACCAUACAGUCUCAAAGGCAACGUAACCAAUCUGGCGAAUUUCAAUGUGAAAAACUGAAACGCAAGCCUUAUAUUUGACUCUGUAACUUUUGAAAACACCUUAAAACCUGUACAUGAGGGGUACUGUUAUACUCGGGAGACUUUGCUGAACACAAAUAUUUGUGUUUCAAAACAGUAAAACUACCACAACAAUUAUAUCGUCCGUGUAAGUGCCAUUUGUAUGUAAAAAAAAAUGCAAAAAACUUAACUUUCACUCACGAUAUCAUCGUUGUAAUACAUUUUACUGUUUUGAAACACUAAUAUUUGUGUUCAGCGAAGUCUUCUGAGUAAAACAGUACCUCCCAUGUACAGGUUUUAUGGUGUCUUGGAAAGUUAUAGGGUUAAAUAUAGUGCUAGCAAAUUAAAUGCCCUAUACUUUCGGCCUGGGUUGUCAAGCAGGUCCCGCAAAUUGUAAUUAAUAAAAUGACCUAAUUAUGUAAAAUUAUUACAUAAAUAUAUACAUAGAAUUAAUGUAUAUAUAUAUAUAUAUAUAUAUAUAUAUAUAUAUAUACUUGCUUUUCCCACAGAAACAUUGUUUAACAUUGUAUUAAUUAUUCACAGACUUCAGGUGGAAGGGGUUUUCAAUCACAAUUUUUUCCCCACCAUAACCUAUUUGGAUUUUGCUUCCCAAGCACUAGUAAGCCUCAAUAAGCAAACCAGUAACCAACCUCAUGCUGACGAGUUGCAUUAACAACGAAACAGCUGUCCAUGAGUGGUUCACUGGUUUUGCAUCUUUUCCUAAAUUGUGUUCCAAGCUGUUGUAUACAGCAAACACAGAUUAAAAGGAAUCCAUGUUUAAAAUGGAAUGAGGCAAAAAUGUGAUUCUUUGUUAAACUAAUUUGCAUAUGCCCACCCAGAAUCCUUUGCGGUUGUAACAUCGCUGCAGUUAUGGGAUUUCUGUGGGAAAAGCAAGUCUUACGGCUUGACUGGUGUGCAGAUUUUUGUUUAACAUUGUAUUAAUUAUAUAUAUAUAAAUAUACAAUACACAAAAUCCAGCGCACUCGCCUAUCCACUAAACAGCAACUUCAAUGUUGAAAGAUUUUAUUCGUUUUUUUAAAAACACCUAAUCUAAGCAAAAAUAAUGGGGGUUUAAUUACAUUAUAUGAUCAUACAUUGCAUAAGCCUGCCACAACGUCAAUGUACCCCAUUCUUGGCAGGUCCUACACUAACAGCCUAAUGUCUGCUCUUAUGAGAUUAACCCACUUACUUGGGAAAAAAAAUUCCAUCUGGGGCUCUCUAUAUUUUAUUUACAUUUAGGUAUAUAUAUAUAUAUAUAUAUAUAUAGUGAUGUAUACGUAUAUACUUAUGUAUAUAGAUAUAUAUAUAUUUCAUUCUACGUGUAUUUUGAUAUCAAUAUAUAUAUAUUAAUAUCAAAAUACAGUUAGAAUGAAAUUACACACACAUAUAGCUAUAUUAUUUAUUUAUUUAUUAUUUUUUUUAAUUUUUAAAUGUAUUUAAAUUUUUUUUCUAUUAUAUUUAACCCCUUAAGGACUGGACUGUUUUUGCGAUGUUGUACAUUUGCGACCAGGCAUAUUUUUACACUUUUGUGGUGUUUGUGUUUGGCUGUAAUUUUCCGCUUUCUCAUUUACUGUUCCCAUACAAAUUAUAUAUUGUUUUUUUUUCAGGACAAAAGGGGCUUUCUUUACAUACCAUUAUUUAUAUAAUCUCAUGUAUUUUAAUUUAAAAAAAAUAAAAAAAUCUGAUGAAAAAUUGAAAAAAACAUUGAACGACAGCAGCGGAUACAGCAAAUACAAACACAGAUCAACAACAUACACAUGUUGAAAACGGUUCAUAUAGCAAAUAAACUAAAAUUCACUACUUACACACAAGCAAAUAAAGCAGGGAAAGCGUUGGCGUCGAUACUUAGGCAAAAGCAUCUGAACGCCAAAAUCCCUUUCCUCCUUAACGAGAAAGGAAACAAAAUAUUUAACCCGCAAGACAUAAACGAUAUGAUGGCCGACUAUUACGAUGCACUAUAUAACUUAAACACAGACGGUGACACCCACCAACCUCUCCCAUAUAACAUAGAUGAAUUCCUAUCGGGAAUGAGGCUACCUAGGCUGACCCCAGACAGCAUUUUCACUUUAGAAACACCCGUCACACUUAGCGAAAUACAACACACAAUAAAGACGCUUCCUAAAGGGAAAUCUCCAGGACCAGAUGGGUUCACAAACCUAUAUUAUAAGACCUUCUCACAUACGCUAACACCCCACUUAGAGAAACUAUACAACCAUAUAUUAAACACGGGAACCAUACCCCAAGAAAUGCUGAUAGCCCAUAUAUCAACCUUACCCAAACCCGGCAAACCACCCCACAAAUGCCAGAACUUACGCCCAAUAUCACUAUUAAAUACAGACCUAAAAAUACUAGCCAAAAUCUAUGCUACUAGAUUGGGGAACAUUUUACCAUCCCUGAUAAAGGAUGACCAGGUGGGCUUUGUUAAAGGAUGACAGGGUUCUGACGGGACCAGGAAACUCAUAAACCUUAUCCACAAUAUUCAACAGACAAAGGAACCCAGUGUGGUCCUGUCACUAGAUGCAGAAAAGGCAUUUGACAGGCUGCACUGGGGAUACCUGGAGGCGGUCCUUCAAAAAUACAACUUCCCACAUCGCUUUUUGAAGCUAGUUUCCGCCCUGUAUGACAAACCAACGGCGAAAGUGAUCAAUGGAGGCUUUGCCUCCAAACAAUUUCAAAUCUCAAACGGCUCUAGGCAGGGCUGCCCACUAUCGCCCCUUUUAUAUAUCCUUGCACUAGAACCACUAGCACAAACUAUCCGGGAAAACCGCAACAUAUCGGGGGUUACUGUGGGCAACAAGACACACAAAAUCACAUUAUUUGCCGACGACGUGAUGCUUACCCUGACCAAACCUGAAACAUCCUUACCGGCACUACAAGCUGUAAUCCAAAAAUUCGGCAACUGCUCAUACUAUAAACUCAAUGUCGCCAAAACCCAGGCCAUGAGCUUCAACAUUAGGAACCCAAGACUCUCAAACCUGCGAGCUGCCUUUACAUAUGACUGGAGACAGGACCACCUUACCUUUUUAGGAAUAGCGUUAACACAACAUACACACAAAUUGUUCCAAGCUAAUUACGUGAAACUCCUACGGGAAAUAAAUACUCAACUACAAAACUGGAGGGGGAAAUAUGUGUCGUGGAUGGGUAGAAUAGCGGCGGCAAAAAUGAUGGUACUGCCCCGUUUGCAAUACCUAUUUAGGACACUACAAAUAGAUCUCCCAAGGCAAUUUCUUAAUAAGUCCCAACAGACAAUAAAUGCGUUUAUAUGGGGGGGGAGAAGAGCCAGAACUGCAGCAGACGUCCUAUACAAACCCUUCAGAAAAGGAGGAAUGGGGGUGCCGGACAUCUCACGAUACUAUCAUGCGGCCAUAAUAGGAACGCUAGUACAAACGCACCACAACAAAAAUUCACUAGCGUGGAAUCAAAUUGAAACGGUGCACACUGAGGGGCUACCACUACACGCACUAGCAUGGAUGCCAGUUGACAAAAGGCCACACCACAAAAUGAUAUGCCUAACUACGACAACGACACUGAAGGUGUGGGAUAAAUUAGUUAAGAAACAACAAUCUCGAAAGCGAAUCUCCAUAGCUUUCCAACUUCAGGCACUAACUAUCCUGAUUCCAGGAUUCGAAUAUAAAAUAUGGCACUCUCAUGGGGUAUUCUGCCUAUCGCAGGUUCUAGACAACGGACAUAUGAUGGACUAUGACACACUACGCAACAAGUACAAUCUCCCACCUACCACCUUCUUCCCAUACCUACAACUAAAAUCGUGGGUACACAAACACUAUGAUAAUACACAAGCCCAGGGACCUUUCCUCACAGAGAUAGAACGUUUAUGCUUAGCAACAAAGCCUCCGCAAAAGCUACUAUCCACCUUGUACAGUUUGAUCGGACCAAGCGACAGUAUAGAACAAUUUCAGUGUCUUAAAGCAUGGGAAAAGGAACUGGGACAAACACUGACACCAGAAGAGUGGUCUAGCACAUUGAGGGCCCACAAAACGCUGACACUAAACACAGCACAUAUCGAAAUUAGUAGGAAAAUACUAUAUCGUUGGUACAUGGUGCCAACCAAACUCCACAAAAUAAAUCACGCAAAGAGAGACACUUGCUGGAGAUGUGGUGAGUCGCCAGGCAAUAUGGUACAUAUAUGGUGGGCAUGCCCGAAGUUAAUCCCCUUUUGGUCCGAAAUAUCGGACAUAUUAACAGACAUUACGGGAGUAAAACUGCCGCACACUCCGCUCUCCUUUCUUCUAUUAAUUUGGCCCGUAACAAUGCGAAAACCAGACACAUACAUUGCAUAUCACAUCAUUAUUGCAGCCCUGACCGCCAUCAGUAAAAGCUGGCUAAAACCCACACCUCCUAGUGUGCGACAAUGCGUGGAAAUGGUUGAAGUAACAAAAACAUUCGAGAAGGCAGCAAGAAGCACACACAAAUCUAGAGGAUACUGGUUGCUAGCGUGGAGCAAAUGGGAAAUAUGGAACCAACAAAGCUGUACCCCAUAACCUCUGAAAUUGAAUAGGGAGCAAACUGGGCACACCUAAUCCUCACUACUAUUGUGACAUACUAUUGUGACAUACUAUUGUGACACACCUUUGUGACACGCUAUCGUGACACGCUAUCAAGACAUAAUUACGCCCGUAGUAGAACGGUAGAACGGUAUCCCUAUGAACUAAACCGAACUCGUCCCUAUCCCACAUCUCCCCUACCCUCUCCUACCAAGUAUAACCCCCCCCAUGUUCGUACCACCCCCUACGCCAAAGCAAAUUCACCACACGCAUGUAUGGAGGCUAUCUCUCUAAAAACAAUGGCCACCGGCCUCCAAGAGACAUCUAUGGUGCAGCUAAUAGACCAUGUAAACAAGACGAACUAUAGAUGCAAGAAGCUAUAAUAUAUAUUGCUGAUAUAUGAUUGUGAUGUGUGAACUUGAAAAAUUUGUAGCAAAACUUCCCUGUUCCCCUCUUCUCUUCUGUACCCCUAUUGCAUUUAUACUUUUGAAUGACAAAGCAAUAAAAAUAAAAAAUAUCAAACACAAAAAAAUUAGGUCUGCAUUUUAUAUAUAUGUAGGUCUGCAAAUUAGGUCUGCAUUUUAUAUAUAUGAAGAGAUACAUAUGUUUUUCAUAAAUUAUAAUUGUUAUUGAACUUAAAUAAAAGGAAAGUUUUUAAUCAUUUUUUUUCAAACCUUUUUGUCUUCUGUUUCGGGAUUUAGUGGAAAGCUUUGGAUACAACUCAGAAUUGUGGAUUAAUCAUACGACUAAAAAGACUGUUCAAAAAGCAAUCUUGUAUUUCAUAGUAAUUUAUAAUUUCAUGUUACAAUAGAUUGAAAUAUUGUAACAUCAUCCCGAUACAGCCCCAGAGGACUGUAAACAUUGAUUAUAUUGUUAGGAUGGCACCUGUCCAAGGAUGGGAUAUAUUGGGCAGCAAGUGAACAGUCAGUUCUCUUAUUUCAUGUGUUGGAAACAGUAGAAAUGGACAAUUGAAAAGAUCUGAGUGACUUUGACAAGGGCCAUAUAGUGAUGCUAGAUGAAUGGGUCAGAGCAACUGCAAAACGACAAGUCUUGUGGGGUGUUUCCAGUAUGCAGUAUUUAGUACCUACUUAAAGUGGUGCAAGUAGGGACAACCAUUGAACAAGCUCAUCGAUGCACAUGGGAAGCAAAGGCUAGCCCAUCUGGUCCGAUCACACAGAUGAGCUACUGUAGCUCAAAUUGCUGAAAAACAUAAUGCUGGCCAUGAUAGAAAGGUGUCAGUACACACAGUGAAUCGCAGUUUGCUACAUAUGGGGCUGCAAAGCUGCAAACUGGUGUGCCCAUGAUGACCCUUGUCCACUGCCACAAAUGCAUUGAGUGGGGACAUGAGAGUCAGAACUAGGAAGAAAGUUGCUUAGUCUUUCUUUUAGAUUGGGUUGAUGGCUGGGUGCAUGAACAUUGUUUACCUGGGGAAGAGAUGGCAACAGGAUGCACUAUAGAGAGAAGGCAGGUCGUCAGGGACAGUGUUAUGCUCUGGGCAAUGUUCUGCCGAGACACCUUGGGUCCUGGUUUCAUAUAGAUGUUACUUCGACAUGUACGUAGAUGUUACUUCGACAUGUACGACCUACCUAGAGAUAGUUGCAGACCAUGUAUACCCCUUCAUGUCAGUGGCCUCUUUCUGCAGGAUAAUAUACCCUGCAAAAAUUGUUUAGCAAUGGUUUAGGAACAUGACAAAGAAUUCCAGGUGUUGCCUUGGUCUCCAAAUUCUCCAGAUCUCAAUCCAACUAUUUUGAGCCCUGGAGUCCCCACCUUGCAACUUGCAGGACUUAAAGGUCUGCUGCUAAUGUCUUGGUGCCAGAUACCACAGGACAUGUUCAGAGGACUUGUGGAGUCCAUACCCUGACACAUCAGAGCUGUUUUGGCAGCACAAGGGGACCUACACAAUAUUAAACAGGUGAUUUUAAUGUUUUGGCUGACUAGUAUAUGCUAGAGGGAUCUAUGUUUUCCAUGUUUUCCAAGUACUUCACUUAGCAAUAUAAAUGUUCUUAUUUCCUUAUUCCAACAAUCCAAUUUUGGAAUAAUAAUUAUUUUCCUCUAUAUAUAACUUGCAAUAGGCCUUGAUGGCUGCGUGACAGCAGAUAGACACUGUAGUUUGCACCAAAAAUAUCCCAUAUAGAAUAAUUUAAGUGAACACUAAAUUCAAACAUAUUACUGGGAGAUAGCACAUGAGUUUAUAAAUCAUGGAAAAACACACUUCCAAUUCAGUUAAAUAAGAUAAUAUAUUCCAAAAGUAAAUUUGAUUUUUUUUCUUUUUAUGUCAUAUUUCAGAGAACACAUCUUCGAGAGGUACAAGUCAAGAAACAUCAGCAACGACAGAAAUCACAACAACCAUAUAUUAUACAACUACAAACCAAUCACUGCCUACAAGCAGUUAUCACAACACUAGCUCAGUAACUUUAGUCUCCACAUCUAAACCAUCAGUAAAUUCUCAAACAGUUCAAGAAGGACCAACAACAAGAACUUCAACCGAGAGCACAACUAUUAAACAAGCAACUAGUGAGAACAACGUUUCAAGCAGGGUAACAAAUUCUAAUACUACAGAAACCUCUGAAGCAACAGGCAAAACAUCCUCCAUACCUGCUAAUAGUACAAGCAGUCAUGAAGUUUCAAACCCUGAGACAUCCAAUCCUAGUAUAAACACUAAAAACAUCAGUCAUGAGCAAAUGACUAGUACAGAAUCUCCUAUAUUAAUACAAACAUCAACAGUGGCAUCACCUUCUGCAAUACAGAGUACUGAAGCAGUGUCUAAGUCAACUAUAAAAUCAACAUCAACACAAAGCACACCUAGUGAAACAUCCAGUCCAGUGACAAGGGACGUGUCCACUCAAAGUACCAGGCAUGAGCAAUCCACCAGUACAGAGUCUCCUUCAUUAAUUCAAACAUCAACUUCUGCAUUACCUACCACACUCCUUAAAACUAAUAGCCAUAGGGCUACCGAAACAGAAGCUGGAUCUGCAACACCUCCAAUAUCGACAUCAUUCCAAACCACACAAACUGAAAUAUCCACUCAUGUCACCUCUGGUAUAACAACUACCAUUGGUGAGCAAUCAACAUUUACAGAGUCACCUACAUCCAUACAAACAUUGUCUUCAUUAACUUCUGCAAUCCACAGCACUACCAGUAACGUGGUUCUCAAAACUGAAGCCCUGACUACAACAACGUCAAUCCCAACAUCAACACAAAGUACACCUAGUGAAUUCUCCACUCCUGUGACCUCCAUCAUAACCACAAAAAGUAUCAGCCCUGAACAAUCAACUAGUACAGAAUCUCCAACAUCAAUACACACCUCAACAUCUUCAUACACUUCUGCAAUUCAGAGCACACUUAGUGAAACAUCAAGACCGGUGACCUCUUCCACAACUAUUCAAAGUACCAGACAUGAGCAAUCCACCAGUGCAGAGUCUCCUUCAUCAAUUCAAACAUCGACUUCUGCCAUACCUACCACACUCCUUAUAACUACAAGCCAUGGGGUUACCCAAACAGAAGCUGGCUCUACAACACCUCCAACAUCAACAUCAUCCCAAAGCUCACAAACUGAAACAUCCAGUCAUGUCACCUCUGGUAUAACAUCUAAAGGUACCAUUGGUGAGCAAUCAUCCACUCUUGUGACCGCCAGCAUAACCACAAAAAGUAUCAGCCCUGAACAAUCAACUAGUGCAGAAUAUCCAACAUCAAUACACACCUCAACAUCUGCAUCCACGUCUGCAAUUCACAGCACUGCCAGUCAUGGAGCUACACAGAGCACUCUUAGUGAAACAUCCAGUCCAGUGACGUCUUCCACAACUAUUCAAAGUACCAGACAUGAGCAAUUCACCAGUACAGAGUCUCCUUCAUCAAUUCAAACAUCGACUUCUGCCAUACCUACCACACUCCUUAGAACUACAAGCCAUGGGGUUACCCAAACAGAAGCUGACUCUACAACACCUCCAACAUCAACAUCAUCCCAAAGCUCACAAACUGAAACAUCCAGUCAUGUCACCUCUGGUAUAACAACUAAGGGUACCAUUGGUGAGCAAUCACCUCUUUCAGAGUCUCCUACAUCUAUACAAACAUUGUCUUCAUUAACUUCUGCAAUCCACAGCACAACCAGUAAUGGGGUUACUAACACUGAAGCCCUGUCUACAACAGCUCCAAUCCCAACAUCAACACGAAGUACACCUAAUGAAUCAUCCACUCUUCUGACCUCCAGCGUAACCACAAAAAGUAUCAGCCCUGAACAAUCAACUAGUACAGAAUCACUUACAUCAAUACACACAUCAACAUCUGCAUUCACUUCUGCAAUUCACAGCACUACAAGUCAUGGAGUUACACAAAGCACACUUAAUGAAACAUCCAAUCUGGUGACCCCUUCCAUAACUACUCAAAGUACCAUAAAUAAGCAAUCCACCAGUGCAGAGUCUCCUUCAUCAAUUCGAACAUCACCCUUUGCCAUACCUACCACACUCCUUAAUACUACAAGCAAUGGAGUUACCCAAACAGAAGCUGGCUCUACAACACCUCCAACAUCACUAUCAUCCCAAAGCUCACAAACUGAAAUAUCCAGUCAUGUCACCUCUGGUAUAACAACUAAAGGUACCAUUGGUGAGCAAUCAACUCUUACAGAGUCUCCUACAUCCAUACAACCAUUGACUUCAUUAACUUCUGCAAUCCACAGCACUACCAGUAAUGGGGUUACUAACACUGAAGCCCUGUCUACAACAGCUCCGAUCCCAACAUCAACACAAAGUACACCUAGUGAAUCUUCCACUCUUCUGACCUCCAGCAUAACCACAAAAAGUAUCAGCCCUGAACAAUCAACUAGUGCAGAAUCUCCAACAUCAAUACACACCUCAGCAUCUGCAUUCACUUCUGCAAUUCAAAGAACUACCAGUCAUGGAGCUACACAGAGCACACUUAGUGAAACAUCAAGUCCGGUGACCUCUUCCACAACUAUUGAAAGUACCAGACAUGAGCAAUCCACCAGUGCAGAGCCUCCUUCAUCAAUUCAAACAUCAACUUCUGCCAUACCUACCACACUCCUUAUGACUACAAGCCAUGGAGUUACCCAAACAGAAGCUGGCUCUGCAACACCUCCAACAUCACUAUCAUCCCAAAGCUCACAAACUGAAAUAUCCAGUCAUGUCACCUCUGGUAUAACAACUAAAGGUACCAUUGGUGAGCAAUCAACUCUUACAGAGUCUCCUACAUCCAUACAACCAUUGACUUCAUUAACUUCUGAAAUCCACAGCACUACCAGUAAUGGGGUUACUAACACUGAAACCCUGUCUACAACAGCUCCGAUCCCAACAUCAACACAAAGUACACCUAGUGAAUCUUCCACUCUUCUGACCUCCAGCAUAACCACAAAAAGUAUCAGCCCUGAACAAUCAACUAGUGCAGAAUCUCCAACAUCAAUACACACCUCAGCAUCUGCAUUCACUUCUGCAAUUCAAAGAACUACCAGUCAUGGAGCUACACAGAGCACACUUAGUGAAACAUCAAGUCCGGUGAACUCUUCCACAACUAUUCAAAGUACCAGACAUGAGCAAUCCACCAGUGCAGAGUCUCCUUCAUCAAUUCAAACAUCAACUUCUGCCAUACCUACCACACUCCUUUUAUCUACAACUUAUGGAGUUACCCAAACAGAUGCUGGCUCUACAACACCUCCAAAAUUAACAUCAUCCCAAAGCUUACAAACUGAAACAUCCAGUCAUGUCACCUCUGGUUUAACAACUAAAGGUACCAUUGGUGAGCAAUCAUCCACUUCUGUGACCUCCAGCAUAACCACAAAAAGUAUCAGCCCUGAACAAUCAAGUAGUACAGAAUCUCCAACAUCAAUACACACCUCAACAUCUGCAUACACUUCUGUAAUUCAGAGCACACUUAGUGAAACAUCAAGUCCGGUGACCUCUUCCACAACUACUCAAAGUACCAGACAUGAGCAAUCCACCAGUGCAGAGUCUCCUUCAUCAAUUCAAACAUCGACUUCUGCCAUACCUACCACACUCCUUAUAACUACAAGCCAUGGGGUUACCCAAACAGAAGCUGGCUCUAUAACACCUCCAACAUCAACAUCAUCCCAAAGCUCAGAAACUGAAACAUCCAGUCAUGUCACCUCUGGUAUAACAACUAAAGGUACCAUUGGUGAGCAAUCAACUCUUACAGAGUCUCCUACUUCCAUACAAACAUUGACUUCAUUAACUUCUGCAAUCCACAGCAUUACCAAUAAUAAGGUUACUAACACUGAAGCCCUGUCUACAACAGCUCCGAUCCCAACAUCAACACAAAGUACACCUAGUGAAUUAUCCACGCCUGUGACCUCCAGCGUAACCACAGAAAGUUUUAGCCCUGAAUCUUCACUAAUAACAUCAAACUCAGUUACAACUAAUAAAUCUACCAGUAUUACAUCCUCUGGCUUAACUACUACCAGUCUGAACACUUUCACAACAACAACACCACCACCUUCAACAUGUCCUCCUUAUGCAAGUGGAGACUCCUGUGAGGUUGGAAAUCAAAACGUGGGUGUUGUAAUUGGUAAGGCAGUGUUUUUAUUUGCUAUUAUUUUUCACACAAUGUUUAUUUUCGAUGUAUUUUAUAAUUUUAAUAGUCUCCUUUUCUUUAAUUUAAAGCUCUAUAUCCUUAUUUUGCUGAAAAAGAAUAA